CAGCUUUGACAGGCCCACUUAUCUGGCCCAUUCGGCCCACAAAAUACUUUUUUUACAGAAACACGAGAAUCUGCAAAUGGCCGGUCGCAAUUUCAUCCUUCGUUCUUUCUGCUUUGUUUUGCAGCAACGCGUACUUCACAGAAUCUAUAAAUUCACACGGUGGCCGCUGUCUCCGAAAGACUGCACCUACUCAGUAACGAAUUCUGCAACUAAAAAGAAAGGCCUGCCGGAGAAGAAGAGAUGGCGAUGACCAAGGCAAAGGACCUCAUUUCCUCCAGCCCCGUCGUCGUUUUCAGCAAGACUUACUGCCCAUUCUGCACCUCUGUGAAGAAGCUGUUGUCUGACCUGCGAGCUGCUUAUAAGGCUGUCGAAUUGGAUACCGAGGGAGCAGCCCACGGGCUACGGCGGAAAGAAUGGAAAGAUACGGCGGUGGCGCCCAGACGGGAGAAGUGGGUAGGUCAUGGAAUUCAUGAUCAGCUCUAA